UGUACUGCCAACCACGCAGUGCUGCAUUCUGAUCCGAGCCUUAUGCCCAAAGAACGUAACUGUUGGACAGCUUGGAAUUAUUUGAUUCACGAUUCGGGAGAGGCCUAUGAGAAAGGUUCCUUGGAAGACACCGUUUGUCUGACUUACUGGAUGAAUCGGCUUCAGCCUGAUACGUUACCAGAGAGCGUGCACGGACCUGUGUUUGUCAGUCUCAACCCUCCCGAUAAUGCGAUCUUUCCUAAAGAUAUCAUCGGAAGGUGGACGUAUCAUCACCCUGUUUAUUCGGCCGAAAGUGUGGCGGCGCAGGAUAAGAUUUCAGAGAUCCAGACCAAAGGCAGGAUGAGCUUUGUAGGAGCCUGGACUGGCUACGGAUUUCACGAAGACGGAUUUCGGUCAGCGCUAAGACUGAUGACAGUCGGAGCAGGUGAGAAGGUGUUCGGGGUCAAGUGCCCAUUGGGAAUGGAUCCUCGGUUACCUUCGACAGAAUCUAGCCGUACGCCUCUGGCGGUACGCGUGAGCAUCGGAGUAGUCAAUUGGUUUGUAAAGAGGAUAUUUGGUAAGGAAAACAAUCAGGUACCCAAUCGGGCAAAAGCUAGCUAGGGUAAUGAGGAUCUCGAUUCCGCCCUCAUCAGUUUUAGUAUCUUGAAUACAUGAUGUUGUAAGACUAUAUUGUUGUAAGACGAUCUCGCCAAGUAAAGAAAUGAAGAUGAAUCGGAAGGUCAUAAUCUAGGGACCUGAGAAUCUUUG